AUGGCUGAAGGCGCCAAUCACCUGCCCUUUUUCUUUGGCAACAUCACCCGGGAGGAAGCAGAAGACUAUCUGGUGCAAGGUGGGAUGAGCGAUGGGCUUUACCUGCUGCGUCAGAGCCGCAGCUACCUGGGAGGCUUUGCCCUAUCUGUGGCACAUGCCAAGAAUGCGCACCACUACUCCAUUGAGCGUGAGCUCAACGGCACCUAUGCCAUCGCUGGCGGCAGGACCCACAAUAGCCCAGCUGAGCUCUGCCACUACCAUUCUCAGGAGUCGGACGGACUUGUAUGCCUCCUACAGAAGCCCUUCAACCGGCCUUCAGGCGUGCAGCCCAAGACUAGUCCCUUUGAGGACCUAAAGGAGACCCUCAUUCGAGAAUACGUGAAGCAGACAUGGAAUCUGCAGGGUCAAGCAUUGGAACAGGCCAUAAUCAGUCAGAAACCUCAGCUAGAGAAGCUCAUUGCCACCACAGCCCAUGAAAAAAUGCCCUGGUUCCAUGGAAAAAUUUCUCGGGAUGAAUCUGAACAUGCUGUUCUGAUAGGAUCAAAGAUAGAUGGAAAAUUCUUGAUCAGGGCCAGGGACAGCAGUGGCUCCUAUGCCCUGUGCCUACUGCACGAAGGGAAGGUCCUGCACUACCGCAUUGACAAGGACAAGACCGGGAAGCUCUCCAUACCUGAUGGAAAGAAGUUUGACACACUUUGGCAGUUGGUGGAGCAUUAUUCUUACAAAGCAGAUGGCUUGUUGAGAGUUCUGACAGUUCCAUGUAAAAAGCUUGGUGGGCAAACAGGGAAUUCUGGAGCUCGUCCCCCACUCCCAUUACAUCCCGCGAGUUGGUCAACUGGAUUAAUCUCAAGAAUCAAAUCAUACUCCUUCCCCAAGCCUGGCCAGAGAAAGCCCUCCACCCCCUCCUCUUCUCAAGGGAACCGGCCAGAGAGCACCUUCAACCCCUAUGAGCCAGAAGUGGGUCCCUGGGCACCGGAACGAGAAGUGCAAAGAGAAGCCUUGCCUAUGGACACGGAAGUGUACGAGAGCCCUUAUGCAGACCCUGAGGAGAUUCGGCCCAAGGAAGUUUACCUGGAUCCAAAGCUGCUGACCUUGGAGGAUAAGGAAUUAGGCUCAGGCAACUUUGGGACUGUGAAGAAGGGCUACUACCAGAUGAAGAAAGUUGUGAAAACAGUGGCUGUGAAAAUACUGAAGAAUGAGGCCAAUGAUCCUACUCUGAAAGAUGAGUUACUAACAGAAGCCAAUGUCAUGCAGCAACUUGACAACCCUUACAUCGUGCGCAUGAUUGGGAUUUGUGAAGCUGAGUCUUGGAUGCUAGUGAUGGAGAUGGCAGAACUUGGUCCACUCAAUAAAUACUUGCAGCAGAACAGGCAUGUCAAGGACAAGAACAUCAUAGAACUGGUUCAUCAGGUUUCUAUGGGAAUGAAGUAUUUGGAGGAGAGUAAUUUUGUACACAGAGAUUUGGCUGCAAGAAAUGUACUGCUGGUAACUCAACAUUAUGCGAAGAUCAGUGAUUUUGGGCUCUCCAAAGCACUCCGUGCUGAUGAAAACUACUACAAGGCACAAACCCAUGGGAAGUGGCCGGUGAAGUGGUAUGCUCCAGAGUGCAUCAACUACUACAAAUUCUCCAGCAAGAGUGAUGUUUGGAGCUUUGGGGUGCUAAUGUGGGAAGCGUUUUCCUAUGGGCAGAAGCCAUAUCGGGGAAUGAAAGGAAGUGAAGUUUCUGCCAUGCUAGAAAAAGGAGAAAGGAUGGGGUGCCCUGUUGGGUGUCCAAGAGAGAUGUAUGAGCUAAUGAACCUGUGCUGGACAUAUGAUGUUGAGAACAGGCCUGGAUUCAAAGCAGUGGAAUUACGGCUACGCAACUACUACUAUGAUGUGGUCAACUAA